UUAGGUUAGGUAGGUUAGGCAUCUUGCGGGUUGCGGGAGAUACAGAUAUGAGUGCACGGUGUGUACGCACGACACAUCACCGGCGAUCAUUGAAACAGUAUCAUUCAAGAUGAUGCAAUAUGAGGAAGAGGGCGAAACAUUGAAGGAUAAAUCACGAUGCGCGAACAUUCGCGCUGAUCUUAAAAUGUGUUUGCUUCUAAGCGAUUGUUGUAAAAUCCACAAGCGUACUCCUAGAGAAUGUCUUAAAUUACGUGAUGGCACAGUUCCCGAAGAAUGCUUUACCUUGCGCACCGCGUUCUUUGAGUGUAAGCAUUCUAUAAUUGAUGGUAGACGGCGGUUUAGGGGUCCCAAAGGAUAUUAAAUGUGGAAAUAUUUUAUAUAUGAUAUAAUUACAUAAUUUGGAUACUUUGUGAGGUAAUAUUCAUGUAUAUAUUAAUGAAAGAAUUUCAAGAAGCAGCAGUACAUUUUAUUGAUAAGGAAGGGAAAAUAAAACAUUAAUGUUAGAAGUAAUUUAUUGUUAUUCGUUGUACAUAAUUUAAUAAAUGUAUUAUACUUGCGAAGUAACAA